AUGGAGCACCCGCCGGACUGCAAGAUCCUGGUCAUUACCACAAAGCCGGAGCAUGCUGACCAAUUUCUCCAACGCAUACAGGCCCUAUCCAAGUCUAAGUCAAGCUCGUCCGAGGUUACACGCACCCCCAAUAAUAUCACCCCGUGGACAAUCGUGAACAAGUACUAUACUGCAGACGUGCAUUUCGAGACUCGUCUAGCGCAGGAGUUCAAGUCCUCCCAUGCCAAAGGCGUGCCAGCUAUCAUAUAUGUUUGGCAGCAGGGCGAUCCUUACCGAGAACAAGUUCUCGACGUCGCGAGUAGUUUACGCCCUCAUGAUCCAGACGUGUCGCUGGCAGUCAAGUUUGGUAACAAUGCUGUGCCAAUAUCUGAGGAUGAAGAGGGUACGGAUGAGUUUCUGUCCGCGCAUGGCUUUGAAUACAUCGAAGGCGACCGAGUACCCAGGAAAGACAUGCAGGACGAGGAUGGGCACUCUGAGGACUCGGAUUCAGACAUCCCAGGCCUUCCGCGGGUCAUUGAUGCUCUCAGCACCAUCAUGUGGCCUUCUAUGGUGCAGUCUGACUCGACUCGCAACCGCAAGAGCCGCGCACGCGAGCUGGUUGGCUGGGCGCGCGAAGAGGAGGAGGAGGAUGGCCUCCGCGCACUCAUUUCGGAUACCCUCAGCGCGAGUGGAUCUGGCGGCGAUAUGCACCCAGGCGGCAGCGGCGGCGCAGCGCGCAAGAGCCGCAUGCAGCGCGAGAUGGAGGAGCUCGAGCGCUGGCUCGAGGAGGAGGACGACCGGCGGGAGCGCGAGGACGCGGGCGCGUGGGUCACGGCCGAGCGCGGCGUCGGCGUCGGCGCGGACGGUUGGCAGGACAUGCCGACGCCAACGAUCCACACGCCAGCAACCGACGGUGGCGGCGAGCUCGGGUUCGAUGACGACUUUACUGAGUUCGUCUCCGCGCCGUCGCCCCACGGCUUAGGCGCGCUCGAUGCGGACAGGCUCGUGCCAAUGCAUACGGGCGCGUCAUACCGCUCUCUCGCGUCGGUCUCGGACUUUGGGGGUGACCUGGGGGCGAGCGAGGACGCAGAUGCGGACGACCCGGACCUGCCGUCGCGCGCGGAGAUCGAGGAGACGUCACGCCGGAUCUUUGGCUCUGCUGCGCCUCUGCCGACACCACACCUCUCACUGUCGAACGCGAACGCGUCUGCUAUAUUUGCGGACGAGCAUCAUUCCUUCGAGUUGCAUGAUGACGAUGACGACUUCGAGAUGUCGGCAUUUGACCUAUCGCGUGUGCUGAGCGCGCUGCAGAGCAUGAAGGAGGAGAUCGGCGGGAUGAGCGACGAGGGAGAGCGAAGGAGGGCGGCAGCGCGAGUCGCCCUUGGGCUCGUGUAUGGGCUGCAGGCAGACAGGGAUGACUGA